AUGACGUUGAUAUUUCCUAAACUAGUAGACUGCACUAUCCAUGAAAACGGUCCCUCUGGUUUAAUCUCCAGGACUGACGGACUCUGUGUGCUUCCGAUCAACGCCACCAUCGAGAAGAUGAUCCUCGUACUCUGGUUCUGGUACAUUAUUCUAGCCAUCGUGACAGCCAUAAAUCUCUUAAUGCGCAUUCCCGCCCUUCUCUCCAAGUAUAUCCGUGCGUUGUAUUUCCCUAACCGCAUUGAAGCAAGGGAACUUGUGUACUCUUCAAAUUUUGGGGACUGGUUUGUGCUGUGCCAAGUGGGCAAGAACAUCAACCACCGUAUUUUUGAAGAACUCUUGGUAGGCAUCCACAGAAAGUUACACAGGUUGGAAUGA